CAUAUUGCAGCAUGAAAUUGUUGGUAAAAUUAUUGGAAAACGGAUCAUACUUAUGCGUACAUAGUAUUACAUCUAGACGAUUGCUUUCCGGAUCUACAGUAUUAUGUUCCAGAUAUGAUCCGAAAGUAUUUCGUGAACCAAUUGUCGACCUGGAACAGCUUAAUCAACCACUGGAUCCGGAAGAUGAUCGCCGAUACUGCUAUAUAAAAGCAAUGACCAGUGUUCAGACACCAGUUUUUUAUCGAAAUGCUGUCAUAGAUAGGUUAAUUAAUGUGUGUAUGCUGCGUGGAAUGAAAGAAAAAAUGCAGAAUAUUGUUUUGGAAGCAUUAGAAAUAAUAAAAAGACGUCAGUACAAUUUGUGGAGAAAUGCUAGUGAUGAACAGAAAGAGAAAAUAGAGCUUGAUCCUGUAGCAAUUACCGAGAAAGCUAUCAAGAAUUGUUGUCCUAUAAUGAUUUUACGUCCAUUUAUUCGUGGUGGGCAAACUUAUAUGGUACCAUGUCCGAUAUCGGAGCACCACGCUGAAUUCAGAGCAAUGAAAACAAUGCGCGAUAUCUGCCGACAAAAAACUUUCCAUGGUGCUACUCAUUUUCAGCACAUCUUAGCUGAUGAAUUGCUUGCUGCUUACAAAAACGAAGGUUUAACAGUGCAAGCAAAGCAGGAAUUGCACAAACAGUGUGAAGCAAAUCGAGCUUAUGUUCAUUAUAGGAGACAGUAAAAUGCGUGCGAUUUUCGAUUUGUUAAUAGUAAAUAUGUGAGAUAUUGUCUAAUGUUUUGUUAUGCUACACCAUAUCGACAUUGCAUUCUUGAGUUUUUUAUCAUCUAUAAAUUUUCCGAUGUACAUACAUAACCGGUUUUAAUAUAUUGACACAGCACAAAAUUCCUCUGAAACUUCCACAGAUUGUUGUGUUUUUCUAUUAUCAAAUGGUG